AUGGACCCUGAAGUUGCAAAACGCCUGCACGCAGAGGGAGCAACUUUGAUAGUUUUGGAUGUUCCCGAAGGAACAGAAUUUGGCAUUGAUUACUUCUCGUGGAACGUUGGUCCACGGUUUAAAGGAGUGAAGAUGAUACCUCCUGGACUCCAUUUUAUUUAUUAUAGUGCUGUUAACAGAGCAGGGCAAACUGCUCCCAGGACUGGUCUUUUUUUGUACACUAGCCGACGAGAUAUCAUGGUGCUAAAAUGGAGCACUGCUACUGAGGACUUAGUGGAGAAAGCAACUAAUGAGGAAGAAAUCGACAGAUAUCGCCAAGGUAUCUUACGUUUUUGUGUUGGAUAUACAUAAAGGGUUUUGGACAUUCUUUCGUUUCUUGGGAAAAGAAAAAAAUUUAAAUAAAUUAAUUAGCAUGUAAUUAUGAUAGCUUGCAACAUUCACGUCAAUUUUACAGCUGAAUAUUAAUCACGUUUAUGAGAGAAAUCAUUUGCAUCAGUUUCUUAAUUUUCAUGCAAUUUUGGCUGAAUCAUCUUGCUAGUUUCAAACUGCGCUUCCUAAUUACAAAGCACAUCGGAUAACUAAAAAAGAAAUAAUGGCUCCAUUUUUUUUUUUAAAUAUAGCCUGGGGUAAAUUUUCAGGAACUCAACGCGUGUUUUAGAUUAGUGCUAAAUAGAAAAGCCAGUCUUCAGUGCAAACACCAUCUGAUCAAAUUUUCAAGAACAAAUCCCUAUUCAUUGUGGAGAGGGUGAGGGGUCUUCCGCCAUUCACCUGAGCCACAAACCAAGCUUUGUUUGUCAGGACAUAAAAGAUUGGCAACUGAACAACAACUGAGACAUGAAACAUUUUUUUUUGAUGGACUAGAAUGUUGGCUCUAAAAUGACUAUGCCUAUCUAUCUUACCAUUUUAAAAUGAAUUCUUAAAUAAUUGUUAAAUACUGAAUUAAAAUACGCAAAUGUAAAUCAAAUGGCUAAUUAAUUCCUAUUUGGCUUUUUUGUUUUUUGCUUUUUUUCUAUGACAACGUUAUUGCAAUAAGGUGUACAUAAAGGGUUUUGGACGUUCUUUCGUUUCUUGGGAAAGAGACAAGAAUUGCCAUAACCUUAGUAAAAUGGAGGAGGCCGAAUCCAAACAAUAUUCAGCAUGGCCUCUGAUGAACAAAUACCAGUACAUGCCCAUUAGACUGUCAUUAGGGGGGUGUUACGAGAACUAAGACCUAAGACCCGUCUUAGUUUUCGAGAUUAUGAAAACUAAGACCCCUUAAAAUCGAAUCCUUCGAAAUAUGAAGUCAAAUUGUAAUCGAAAUAGGUCUAAUCUGUCAAAUUAUCUUCUGUCCGAUUCUUUCCGCAGAGUUUUAGGUCAAAUUUAAUGGUAAAUUUAGGGGUCUUAGUUUUCGUAAUUUCGAAAACAAAGACCCCUCUUAGUUUUUGUUAUUACGAAAACUAAGACCCCCUAAAAAACCAAUCCGUAAAAUAUAUAUGAGUUCGAAUUACGACCGUUCAAAGACUAUAAUCAGUAAAACAACCAAAAACUAUCCUCCGUGUUCUGACGAUCCGCAUUCUGACGAUCCGCUUCUUCUAAUUAUUUGGCAGAAAACAGAGGAUGAAAGCCAUUACCUGUGUAUAAUAAUAUUGUACACUGAAAGUAUGCCUACCCCGCCAAUUGGUCUCUAAUUUUAGUUGUUUAUCCUUAAAAAUCGUAAAAUUUGCUUUCCACUGGAGAUGGAUUUUUGCCUUCGUUGCCUGAAUAUAUCAUAAUCGCUUCCGGUCGUCAAGUGGUCAAUUAGUCACACAAAAAUGCUGUUUUUUUUUUUCCUUUUCUGGCCAGGCCAUAGCCAGAGAAAUGCUUUCUUAGAAAGGGCGAAUGAAAGAGUAUAUACUACAUUGCGUUUUUUAACAGUUCAUUUUAAUCAUUCGCACCCCAGAGAUCAUCGGAAACAAGGUGAAAAGUUGCAAUGUAACGGGUAGUUGAGGGGUAUGUUGGGGGCAAGGAGAAAUCGCCUGUGAGGGACACUGGCUAAAAUCACUCAUUUAAUAAACAACGAAUGAAUGAAUAAAUUUCCUAAACUAGCAAGGCAUCAUCUCGAAAAUUUUGCGUUUUAAUAAUUAUUGCAGAAAGAAUAUAAUAAACAAACAAUCAAAACAAAUCACCCCUUUGGUGAUUUUUUAGGUAAUGCAAUCAUGGUCGCAGGGACAGUCCCGCAGAGACACAAAGGCAAAAAUCCAUCUCCAGCAUGUGGAAAGCCAAUUUUACGAUUUUUAAGGAUAAACAACCAACAUUAUAGACCAAUUGGCGGGGUAAGGCAUAUUUUCAGUGUACAAUUAUGGCUUUUCGUCCUCUUUUAAAAGCCUCAAUACUGAUAUGUCUGCAAAUUUUAGAAGAAGCAGAUCGUCAGCACGUGGAUGAUAGUUUUUGGUUGUUUUACGGCCUAUAGUCUUUGAACAGUCGUAAUUCAGCUUCAUAUAUGUAUAUUAUGGACCGGUUUUUAAGGGGUCUUAGUUAACGUAAUAACGAAAACUAAGAGGGGUCUUUGUUUUCAAAAUUACGAAAACUAAGACCCCUAAAAUCUACCCUUAAAUUCGACCUAAAACUCUGUGGAAAGAAUCGGACAGAAGAUAAUAGCUUUGGUCACACUACAGACUUUUUACCUAGGUAAACACGACUUGUUGACAGUUUACCUAGGGAAACUUGAUUUUUUAAGUGUGACCGAUUUUUCCUUAGGUAACUUACCUCGGGGAAAUUUUAUCGUCUGGGUCUUGGAUAUGUCUCGAAAACAAUAGAGUUUCCCUUGACAGCUACCCCAAAGCAAUAGCUAGGGAAAAAUGAAAUGCCGAGGUUGCUAGCCAAUAGACGCUCAUCGGCGAAGGUCUUUGAUGACAGAACCGGACAUAGAUCACGCCGUGAAAGAAAUUUUGGGAGCACGAGUCGUCUACGUCUUCGCCUUUCUUCACCUUGCACGUUGAAUUAGCGUAAGAAAUAACAGCGAGAUAAAAGAAAAAAACGUCUCUUUGAUCAGCUAGAUCCCUGUGCAUUUUGCCUUCUUGAAUUUACACUCCAAAAAAUUCAACUGGCGUGAAAACUUUGGGAUCCGAUAUCAGUAGUGUGACCUUCCCAGAAUUUUUACCUAGGUAAAACAAAACCUGAGAUGAAUUUACCUAGGCAGAUUUUUGAUGAAUUUGCCCUAGGUAAAUCGGUUUUACCUAGGUAAAAGUCUGUAGUGUGACCACGGCUAAUUUGACAGAUUAGACCUAUUUCGAUGACAAUUUGACUUCAUAUUUCGAGGGAUUCGAUUUUAGGGGGUCUUAGUUUUUGUAAUCUCGAAAACGAAGACGGGUCUUAGGUUCUAGGUCUUAGUUUUCGAAGGUCUUAGUUUUUGUAACACCCGUCAUAAGGGUGGUGUAUGACAUAAAAAGACUGAAGACUACAGAUCACAGACCAUAGAUUGCAGACUGUUAAAAGGCAUUUGCAUGAUGGUGUCAUUUAACUACUACAACCAGAAUCCUUUUGGUUUUUCCUUUGAAUUCAUAGUUAAAUUAGGUAAUCCCAGCACAAGUUGAAAUUGAAUGUCAAGACUGAACAUUGACUGAUGUCAAAAUUUCCUUAUAAAAGUGAUGUCAUCUAUAGUCUCAUCUCAUUCCCAUGCUUCUAAGAAACUGAGAAAGUAGUCUGGGAGCAAGAUUAAUAUUUCCAACCCCAAAUUACAUUGGCUGCAUUCCCAAAAUGCUUUUGGCUGUUCUUCAUCGACUUGUAUAGAGAGAGAUGAGUAGUACAGUCUGCACAUAUGUUGUUCACCUGUGAAUCCAUAGCAACAGGAAACGUUAACAGGAGCCUUGUUCCUAAUGAUUCGACUGUUUCAUCUUUCACUGUUAAGUAGCAGUAUAAGAUUCUAUGUAUGAUUACCCUGUGUGGCGGGCGUUAAAAGGGGAAGGGGAAGGGGAAUUUGGGCGCAUCAGAGCACGUGGGGCGUGCGAGGGAGAAAGGAAAGGGUGCCCUAAUUCCCUUCCCCUUCCCUGCCACGCAGGCUAGUGUAUGAUUUGUUUAUUUGUUUUAGGUAAUUGUGUUUUGACUUUUAUCUUCCCUUUGAUAAUACUACCAAGAUGUUUGAGGAAAUAUUUUCAUUAUUUGAAAUGUGUCAUAAGAGUAUCCUUGACCUGUCAGAGUUGUUUCCUGCAACAGACAAGAUAACCAACUAGACAAUAAUUUAUUAUAGGUCAGUCCACUGUGUAUGUACAAUAUCAAACUAGCUGGCAAUUUGUCAUUAUCUAUUAACAACAAUAACCUAUGAAAAAAGAACAAACAAUUCUCCUCGGAUAUGUGAAGCCAUCACAAGUGUUGGUAUGAGUUGAUUCUGAGCACAGCAAGGCGCCUUCGCAAGGUGUAUAAAUUUGUUGUAAGCAUGCAUGAGUUGAUUGCACAGCAAGGCAGAAAUUUGAGUUGUGAAUAUUUCUAUAGAUCUCUUGGCUGUCCGCAGUUGACGUCAUCCAGUUGUGACGUCAGGGUACAUUUUAAGGUUGCCAGGCAAUGCUACUUCAAGUGCAAAUGCAAAUGCUGUGGAACACUAUCAUCUUUUAUUCAAAAAUGUGUUUUACGUCGGCUUUUUACUGUGAAAACCUUGCUUUUCCCAAAAAUCUGUGUACACCUUUGAAUUCAUGUUACACUGAGGCAAACCAACAAUGAAUUAGUUCUUUCCCGCCAAUCGAUGUGAUCAAAGACUGGUUUCAGCUCCAUCCAUCCAUCCGCCGUCAAACCCCAGAGUGAAUUAAGACCAAAAUAAUGCAAAUUAAAUGGCUUUGAAAUACGCUUUUAAGCUAGUUUUCCUCAAAUGUAUCUUUGAACUCAUGAUAAAUACAGCUCCACCAACUUCAAACAGCAUUCAUGGCAGAGAAAAAUGUUUUAAGUAUAAUAAUUUUAACCUCCCUGUUGUUCAGUCGCUGCGUGGACGUGGCACAGUGGUCAAGGGUCAAUCCUCCCUUCUAGCAGAUUUGGAGGUUGCAAGUUCAAAUUCCGGCUAAGUCAUUCUUUUUUAAACUUUGUACAUUUCUUUCUUUUCGUUUUUUGAUCAUUUUUUCCCUUUCGCUUGUUUCCCUUUAUUCUCACUACUGAUCCUUUAAAGCUUCACAAGGAUUUUGCCAUAACGUAUUUCUAGUAUAGGUUGGUGAAGAUAAGCCAGCAGCAUUUUGUGGACAAUGCCGUGGAAGUUUGCCUAAGAAAUAUUAACGUUCUAAAGCUAUACUUUCUUACAUUUUCGUAGAUGCCUGGAAAUGAGAUGAUCUUUGCUGAUGAUGUCACCUUGAUUACAGUAUUUUUAGUGACACCCAAUUUUCAAUUUACAGUCAACAAUCUGCCUCCUGCAAAUGUCAAACACUGAAUCAUGGGUGUGUUCUCCAAUUGGUUUCUCCACAGUUAAAGUGACAGGGAUGAUCAUAAGGGGGGAAAAAUCAGAACACAAAAAUAUCUGCAGGGCUUCUAAUGAAACCCCCCAAAAAUCCCUGGACCCAAAAUUCCUAUUCUGAAUUUCCAAUCCUAAAAAAAACUGUCAUGAAAGAUCAUACAACACAGGAAAUAUAAAAUGGAAAUUGAAUUUACACACUUUUAGCAUCUACGGCUGGCAUACGCAGGAUCAGUACUAAAGUCAUGUACACCACUUUCCAGAUUGUUGUGAAUACCCAAAAAACUCAAGAUUUUACCACGAAAAUAUUUACUGACAAUUACUUUAGCCUGCCAUAUAGAGUGUGGCUACUUACUAUGGGUUCUACUGUAACACCAGUGUUUGCUCAACUGUUGCUCAUUUAAUAGCUGUUGUAGACGAUGUGAACUCAAUUAUCACAAACUACAAAAAAACAAUGUUUUUUCUCACAAGAGCAAUUCUGGUUUCUUGUCUGUCAUUAAACUUUUUAGGGUACCCAUUCUUCUUGCAUGCACAGGCUAUAAAAGCUGACAGUUUCGUCCCAGUACUAUUGGAAUCUAUCUCUUUCAAUGCACCUAGAAAUUGAAAGCUGGCGACCAGAAUUUCAAGGCUAGUCGUCAGUGGGUGACUGAAAAUUGGAUGAUCUUCUGUUUUUGUUCAAACUCGACUUACAUUUUAUCCCUCUAACUUCACAUGACAGUUAUUUGUUUUGUCAUGCUCAGAACUGAUGCAUGGCUGCAUGUUUGUGGCCACUGUAUUGUUUACAGCAGAUAUCUCUCACUUACAUUACCUUGUGAAAGGCACAUUACAGGUGUUUCAAUACAGGUGCUUUCUUCCUUAUAAAUUAUGAAGAUUAAUUUUAUUAACGUCACUUUUCGUGGUGCUUUUUAAUCUGCCAAAAGUUAGUUAAAUCAGUUACUAGAUGACAAAGAAGAGGCUUAAAUGUUUGUAUUUUCCAGAGCCAGACAUAGUGUGGGUUUUGAAGAUAAAAGAAAAUGAUCUUAAUUGCUAUAUAAUAGAAAACUGAAGAUUAAUCAUGGAAGUAACAUUGUUGCUUGUGUCUUGCUGUGACCCUCUGCUGUGCUUGGCAGAAUCUGACUCAUGCUUCCAUCGCUGUUGUGAAAGAAAAGAAAAUUUUGAAAUAAUGAAUCAAGGAGACCAAAAAUUUUUCAUUAAGUUGCCAAAUGGUGCCUCUAUCAAUUUUGGACUGUGUCUUUGGGAGUAUCAAUAAAGUUCUAUAAAGUUUUGUUAAUUUAGAUUAUUUACUUUCUCAUACAAUUAUUUAGGUCUGCAAGACAUGGACAGAUUUCUUGGUCCUUACCCACAUGAGAACUUAAAGAAGUGGGUGUCACUAACGAAUCACAUAACUAAAGAGUUGCUGGAGAGAAUUCAGCCCAGAUGCAAGAAGAUUUCAUCUGUCACUGAACUACCCCAAGAACCUCAGCAUACAAGAAACACUGGUUCUCCAUCUAAAGAUGCAAUUUUGUCACUGCAGCGAGACCCAGAAACUGUGAUUAGAUUCACAGAAUUUCCCAGACAGAAUUACCCAGAGGGAGCAACACCCAUGGAAAUCAGCAAGUACAGUAUAGACAGCAGUCAUGUUCUUGGUUGCUUAUUUAAGAGCAUGAAAGGUUAGUUUUUAAAAAUUUUCACAAAAACAAAUCGAAAAAAGGUUUCCAUGGUCUGCACUCUUUAUAUCGACCACAGAAAUGACGUCAGAAUAAUCAAAACUCAAGUGAAGCCAAGAGCCAUAGGCAAGUGGUCUCACUGCAAAGUUUCGAACAUUUUGACAUCAUUUCUAUGAUUGAUAAGAGUACAGACAAUGAAAAAUUUGUUGUUGAUUUUUUUUUUUACAUAAUGUUGAUAGUUCUUGAAGUUCAUUUCCGUUGACAUUUCUCAUCAGAAAGUCACAUGUGAGAGGAAAAUGAAUACAAAUUGAGCCACCAUCAUGCCAUUUCCAAAGUCUAUACUAGUUCUUAUCAACCAUAGCUCUUGACCAAUCAGCACACAAGAAAUCACUCAUUUGUUGUAAAAAAGGUGUCGGGGAAGAGUUUGUUUUGGCCGAUUCAGUGCACUAGUUGGGUGGUCUACACCUUUGAUACAUCAGUUGUAUUUAACUGAUUUUAGAAAUGGCGAUUUUACUAAAUUGUUGAGGGCUGCUUUCACUCAGAAUGUAGAAGUCAUUAUCUAACUGUGAUGGUUUGAGUAACUGGUAGCUUUCUGUUGUGAUGGGAGUGGCCAGAACAGGGUCACAAAACAGGGCAGGUUGGACUAAUGGCAACCUUCAUAAAUUAUAUGCCUUAUAGUGCGGACAGAAUAAUGAAGAUGAUGACUUGUGCCAUGAUAAUUAAUGCCAAGAAUGUGUCAUGAUCAAAUAUCUAGUUUGAGUGCCAAACCUAAUCCUGGAAAUAUUCCUGUUUUUGAAGAAGUGGUCCCCUUCCACCCCACUGCAAAUAUUAAGUGCUUUGGGGAAGAAUAAAAGUCCACUUUGAAAAGUUAUAGCUUUGUGAGACUGGCAAGGACACUUUGCCUUCUUUCUGUAAGUUUUACAGGAAGUUUCAGUCACAUUAUUUUGUAGGUUAUAGAAGUUAGUAUUGAGCAUAAAUUUAGUAAAACUUUAUAGAGGUUAUACUCUGCGGCUUAUGCUUUGUAGCUUAAAUAACAUGAUCAAGUGAAAACAAGAUAUUAUGAGUUGCAAGACGUAGUGGAAGUGGACGAUUAUCGGUUUAGUUGUUUGGCUUCUGCCUGAGUGAAUCUGACAUUCCAGCUAGUGUUGACCACAUCAUAAGAGACAGAGACAGCAGAGUCAGGGAAAAAUUAAAUAUCCAUAUUUAACAUUCUCGUUCUGGUCACUCUGAUCCUUUCUAUCUUAAUAUGACUUCGCUUGCAGCUCCAAUUUUUUGUUUUCACUUAAUUUUAAACUCUUAAUGUUCUUACCACUCCACUACUUACUUUGAUGCCAACAAAAUAAACCAGCUUUAAAAGUGAAACAAACCUUUUUUUCUUAAAGACAGGAAGGAAAUUCUGGGUGAGCUCCAGUUUGCCUUUGUGUGCUUCCUUGUUGGUCAAGGUAGGUGCCUCAAUCUUUAGUUUGCUACCCAUUAGGCAACUUAGUCAAAAAGAAAACAUAUUUAUUUAGCGCAAAAGGCAUUCCAUUAAACUGCCAUGUUUGUUUUUGAAAGAACAUAUUUCUACAAUGUAAACAAGGUCAUCAUUGUUGUUGAACAUUCCAGUGUUGAAAAAAUUUGUUAGACAUACAUAUACAUUACUUUGCAAAAUGUCCAGCUACAAUGAAAUUGAUAGUCUUGAUUAUUUGAUUUGUCUGGCCAUCAUUUCCAACUGCAGGAAGAUUUCCCGGGGGAGGGGGGGGGGACCUCCCACAUAAACGUGACAGGGAAUGCUCGUCGCCUUGCUUUGUGGUGUAAAUUGCAGAUUUUUGUCUCAUUUAGAGUGUUUUGGGAUGGAAAGUCACUAUAUUUGCCAAUUCAGGUAUCGCUUACAGUAAUGUGCAUAAAGAACUUUACAAAAAAUGCCCUGACACUGACUACAUGGAAAUCUCCCUAGGGGUCAGUUUAAGCUUGUACAGCCACUUCGGUCUCCAUUAGGGGUUCAAUUUGAAUUUUCCACUGAACAUUCCUGUCACUUUUAUAUGCGGAGUCCCGCCCGGCUCCGCCCCUGGUAGGAUUUGUCAGUAACAGCAAAUUUUUGUUGGACAUGCAGUAACUGAUAUCAUCAUCAUUAGAGCGGUUUUCACUUGACUGUCGAAAGGGAUUGGUUUUGGUUUUGGUUUUGGUUUUACUACGCCCUUUGGUUGGCUAGUAUAUUUACUUUGGUUUUGGUUUUACGACAGUCAAGUGAAAACCGCUCUAUCAUCAUCAUCAUCACAAUGUUAUUUGUAGAUUCUGCACUAUCUUAGGUAAUGCCCUAAUAACUGAGGUUACAGGUAUGGAGCUUGGCCAUUUAAAAUUAUCAGGUUCAUUUGAGAUGUGUAUUCUCUUUGUCACGGCUUGGGCCUGCUAUUUCAAAUGUAUCUUGAAUGGUGGUCUCCUUUACAUUUGCUCGGGCUGCAGUCAUGCAAAUUCUCCUUGGGGGGGCAGGGAGUAUUACAUGAUCGUCUGGCCAGACUGGUUAUGAAGGAGACUACUUGAAUCGUGGCAAAUGAAGAAAGAAAGAUAUAAUGUUUAUGUCUCAUUUCUCUAGUGUAUGAUGCAUUUGAGCAUUGGAAGAAACUUCUUAAUAUGCUGUGCAGUUGUGAUGAAGCAUUGCCAAUGUAUAGUGACAUAUUUGAUGCUCUCAUAGGUAAGUGCUGAUAGGGAGGUUACAAGAACUGAUUGACACCCUCCACUUUUUUGUCCCAUCAGAAAGCUUGUUUGAAACAGAAGAUGGGGUGCUCUUUGAUGUAUUGUAAAAAGCUUUUGUACCUUAUCCCGGGGGGGUUUUAUACUGCCAUAUAUGGGCUAUAUAGGCAUGUGUUGCUGUGAAGGCUUAGGGUAUGGUUUUCAAGCAGUUUCCGCUGGGAAAGGGUAUACAAAUCAGAGUUUGGGUCUAGAAUAGGGUAUCAUCCAGGAAACUGAUCAACUGGUUGAAGGUUUUAGUGUACACUAGGAAAGCGGGAACUGCCACUCAAAAAUAUAAAAAAGCCAAAUCGGCAAGUUUAAAUUUAUACAAAUCAGCCUAAAAGCUACUCUUGGAUAGGGGGAUUUGGGGAGUUUAGUCUAGUAUAGGGUAGCAAAAUUCAGCUGAACUAGCUCUGAUAUAGUCUCAGGGUUCCAGGGUCCCAGCGGCACAUCCCCACCCAAAACUUCCCAAAGUACCCUCCCUCCCCUGGGUACCUGAAUCAGAGCUGUCAUGGGUGUUUCCCAGUGCAGUAGACCCUCGUUAUAACAAAGGGCUAAGGUCACUAUAACGAGUUUUUGUUAUAUCGAGGUUAUUUCCCACAUAUUUUACUAUUACUGAGGCAAAGAAACAUCGUUCGUUAUAUACCGAGGACUUCGUUAUAUAGAGGUUCAUUAUAUCAAGGUUUUACUGUAAUUCAGUGUGGGAGAGGGUUGGACUACUUUCUUUCAGUCUGAAAAAGGGUCACAGUGACUCCAAAUCCGGAAUUCAGCUCAAGGAUUCCAGAAUCCUUAAUGAUUGGAAUCCGCAAUUCAGUAUCUGAAAACUGGAAUCGAGAAUCCAAGACUGUCUUGGAUUACCUUACAUGUGGCGACUGAUUGGAAAUCAGGCGUUUCGAUACAAGUCGUUUUGAUACGAACUCUAGCAGUGAAAUUGCACAAAAAUUUCAUCACUUCAAGUAAAGUUUGCAAUUGAACAAGAAAAGCAUUUUGGGUGGAUAUUCUUCGUCGAGAUCUGCUUGAAGCGACGCACAAGAUAUAAACUGAAAAACUGGCGGCAAACAGCGGCAAGCGCACGGCUAUUGUACCCGCUCAAUUUUCUCAAGUGUAGGCGAUUUUUCCUGCAGUUGAAUUUAUAAGGACUAAAAAAAAAGAGAAAAAGAACAUUCGUCCUCGUAUGUUCAAGUCCUUAUUCACUUAGUGGUCGUGUAGUGGACGUCAAAGAAAUGUAGUAAAAAGCGUGAUGCAUGUGCAGAGCUGUUGUUUUGCUCAUAAAAUCUAUUGUUUUUUGACGUUGUCGUUGUCGUUGUUGUCGUGGUUGCUUAACCCUUUAAGCCCCAAUAUCCACAUACAAAUUCUCCAAACUGAUCUCCAUACAUUUCCUUAAAGAAUGAGUUGAGAGAAUUUGAUAAAAGAUCAAAGUAUUUUCUCUUAGGUGAUCAUUUAAUUAAUUCUCAUAACCUAAUCUCUUGACAAUGUAUGGGUAUCGUAAGGAGAAAAUUGCUGUUGGUCACUAUUGGGACUUAAAGGGUUAAGGUCCCUAAUCGCAAGUAGUUGACAAUGUACUUACCUAUCGGUAGGCAGUAGGGUUACUCUAUCACUAAACCAGCAUUACUUUGCUUUUCUAGGAGUUUUACAUUUUCAACUGAUGGAAAUUCCUAAAGAUUUCUUUGUGGACAUUGUGUCAACAAAUAAUUUUCUCACCACAACUUUACAGGUACAUAAAAGCGAUUUUUUUUUUAAAUGUUGAUGCCACCCUGUAGCACCAGUUUAGUCUUUCGAAAGUCCUUGGCCCUUUUUUCCUUAUAAGAUUUUAGUAAAAAUUUCAACCAAAAAAAAUCAAUCAAACAAACAAACAAGCUUUUCUAAAAAUUCUAAAAAAAUAAACGGCUAUAGUCCCGCCCCAGAGGUUUGAUAAUGAAUGGUCCUGGGAUAACGCUAUCGGGCUUGGUCCGCAGAUUGAGAAGUUAAAGUGGCAUAUCAUCUCGCCAUAAGUUGGUCUAGAAAAGAAAGUUUUGACGUUGUUGAUUUUUUGGCAAGACUGAAACUGGGGCCAAAAUGUGCACAUCUAACAUUAAUUUACUUUAUAGUUUCGUCGCGAGUACUUGUUCUCAAAAUGCCACUAUAAUCGUCUGCGCUAGCCUCGUUUGUAAGCCUUAGCGAGUGGUGUUUUAUUAGGGACAUGCUUUACUUAAUUCCAAACCACUGUAAGACUGCAAAACAGUCGGUUUUUUUCUGAAACUGCUGUUAGUAUUACGUUUUUGAUGUGCUGAUGCCUUUAUUCUUUUAGGUGUUUUUCUCUAACUUGGAAAGCUCAACAACAGUUGAGAAAAGGCUUGUUGAAAAGGCGCGCCGAUUUCGAAAACAUAUAACAAAGCGAUUUACCUGGGAUUUUGAAAGCGAACCGGACGACUGUGCGCCGGUUGUGGUUGAAAUCUGAAAGCAUGCACUGCCGUAUGGACAUUGCGGGCUUAUUACACAACACCAUUUGUAGAUACGUUGUGAACGGUGAUCCUGGUGAUCUGGUGGUGUUAUUAUGGGUAACGCUUUCAGUGCCGAGCAUUUACGGAAGGAAGUACGCUGUUCUUACUUUCAUCUUUGGACAAACUUUUUUAGUAUAAAAAUGAGCCGCCAGAGCAGUACUUUCCUGUGGUCCUGUUUAUUAUGCUGUACAAUGUGUUUCUAUCUUUCGGAUCUGCUGACAAAGUCGUAUAUGACUAUUAAAAUGAAACCUCUAGA